CGCCCUGUUCCUCCUCCAGCCUCUUUCCCUCAGAGUCGGAGCCUGUCUGCUGGCGAUGGCUUCCAUGGCGGCGGCGAUCGCGGCGUCCCGCUCGGCGGUGCUCUCCGGGGGGAACCGUCCCCUGGACGAGCGGGAGAGGAAGCGCUUCAGCUACUUCUCCUCCCUCAGCCCCAUGGCCAGGAAGAUCAUGGCCGAGAAGGAGCGCGUCCGCCAGCGCUACGGGCCCCAGUGGGAGAGCCUCCCUCCCGCCCAGCAGGAGCGCCUCCUCGACCGCAGCCUCGUCCAGCCCCACGUCCGGGCCAGAUACCACCACCGCCCCGACGCCUCCGCCCAGGACCCGGCCCCGGCCCCCUUCCCCAGCCUCCGACUCGACACCGGGCAGAAGGUGGUCCACUUCGGGGAGGAGGAUAUCACCUGGCAAGAUGAGCACUCUGCUCCUUUCUCAUGGGAAACCAAAAGUCAGAUGGAGUUCAGCAUUGCUUCUCUGUCAAUACAAGAACCAAGUGGAGUGACACUACAGAAUGAACAGAAACAACCUGCCAAAAGUGCUCCAGCUCCUCCAGCCCCCAAAUCCUCACAAGGUGGCAAAACGCCUGGCUCAGAUGGGCUUAUACCGGCUAGGAAAGAGGAGGAAUCCUCAUUCUGGAAGAUAAAUGCUGAGCGCUCCAAGUGUGAGGGAGAACAGUCUCCAUUCUAUUCUCUUACCCCAAGCCAGAUCAAAUCAAUGGAGAAAGGAGAGAAGAUCCUCCAGCCCUACUACAGGCAAGAAUCUGGUCCGAAAGAGGCAACUAAAACAGAGAAGCUGAGUGCUAAUAAAUCUGAAAAGGGGGUCACCCCAGUUCUUGCUGCAACGUCAGUAGAAUGGGAAAAAUUCCAACCUGCUCCACCUUCAGUUAGUGUCCUUGAUGAUACUCCUGAAUCAGUGGAAACACCAUCAGCUACUGAGACCAAAAGUGAAGACACUGAUAGUGGUUUUCUUUCAGACCUGCAGACACUUGGUCAGAGCAAUACAAGUAAUGUUAUCUUGAAGACGGGAUUUGAUUUUCUGGACAACUGGUAAAGAAAAACUGAAGUAGCGCCAGAUCACUUUUGGAGAAAGAAAAGGAGCAUCUCUGUUUCUAUUCUAUUCUCUCUCUCUUUCUCAUUGCUUCAUUCUUGAUUUCUAGUCUCUCUUUAAAAAAUAAUAUCUUUUCCAGCUCUCUUUAAAUGUUGCCUUUGUACUAACACUUUUUGUAAAACCAGAUGGUAUUUGUAUUUUGAAAUGGUGAAGUGUUAGAAGUGUUUUUUAAUUAUUUUAUUAUUAUUAUUACUCUAUAUGGUGACUAGUCAUGAUCGGGAUGGGCAGGAUAUAUUUCCUUAUAAUUGUAUGUGUUUUAAGGACAGGGUGGGAUAGCUGACCCUAGAGAGAGAAAGAGUCUGAAGAUGCCUCUUCAGCACCCAUUUUUCUUCUGUACACUCAUGAGAACAGCUGUUGAACUACAAUGAGGAGAAGAGGGGCAGAAUGCAGGAGGGAGGGGGAACUUGACUUAUUAAAGCACAAUGCUUAAAUACCAAAAUGCACCAUGUUUGCUUCAAAUAAAUUAUACAGUAAAUAAGGCUGGACAUCCUUUUACGUUUUUAAAUUUUUGUAUAUGCAUAUUUAGUUUGGCCAGGCUUAUUUCUGUUGCUGCUUACUGGUUUACCAAAAAAUAAAUAAAAAAUUAAAAUUGAGCAGAAUUACCUGGUAGCCUAGUAAAAAAUAGUUUUGAUAUGGAAAUGGCAUAGCUAAAGGGAGAUGUUCAAAACAGAAGCAUGGCUGUAUUUGGGACAAUAAUUUGCCAACAAUGAAGCAAACUGAGGACGAGAACGGUAAGAAGGACCUAAAAAAAGAAAUAUAUAGGGCAAAGCAACUUGUUUAUUUGUACAGACUGAAAAGAUCACUACAAAACAAAAUCCUGUGAUGGGGAACAAAACUUCAGAGGAUAACUGAUAGUCUUUGUGCCUCUUGAAAUUCCUAGAACAGUGUCAUUGCAAUAGUGCACCAUAAUCUCCAGGAUAGUAGAUUUUUCCCUUUUCUCCCUUACAAAAAUAUAUAUUGCCCUCCACCAUCAUGUGGUGGUAUUGUUUUCAUUUAAAAAUGGCAUAUUUUGAAGGCAUGAAAAGGCAUGAGUAAUUUCUGGUGCUACUUCUAGGAGCAAAACUCCAACUUGUCACAUGUACCCUGGCGUGCUAUUUUUGUUCUUGAUUUUACUUACAGAGAGUUCUUUACAUGAGGGGGAACAUGCAAAUAUGGCACCCUCCCAGCUGUAGCUUGAAAAAACUACCAACCUACCACUCAGGUUUCUACCACCUUUUUCUGCUGUGUUUGUAGACCAGGUUUGGUUUUUGUUUAAUGUUUAAGAUACAAGUAUUAUUGCUAUGUCGUUUGGAAGUCCAUCUUGAAAAGUGUACUUUAGCUUUCCAUCCUGACUUAGUUCAGUCCUCCACACCUUCACGCCUUAAUUCCCUUUUACGCACAAAUGUUGAUCCAUCCUACCCAGUGCCAAAGGUGAGUAACGUUCAGGAUUUUAACCUUGAGAAUGGGAUUUCCAGUUCAGUGAUCUGCUCUAGUGGUUCAUUGAGCAUGGUGGUUUUCAGUGCCAGAUGGAGUUUGCUUUGGGAUGUACAGGUGCACAUGUCUGCAUGUGUGUAAAUUGACUAGGUAGGUUGUGGGUGAUGGAAGCAGUGGUUCAACACAUCUGGGGGUCACCUUGUCAGGGAAUGAUGCUGUAUGUCAAAAAGCAAAGCAUAUGCCUUGUCUUUGUUAGUUACUAGCAGUCUCCUCCCUAGCUACUGUAAGAUAAGGCCAUAAUAACUUUAAAAGGUUUCCAUUACCUGGACCUUUGACUAGUGUGACUAAAACCUGAAGAUUCAGGUUACAUCUGCCUAAAUUUUGUGUUCUUUCCCAUUUCAGUCCACUUGCUAGUUAUACUGCUGCUCUCUUAAUUGUACUCUUUGGUCAAGCAAUAUAUGUUCCUGUAAUGCUCCCAGUGAAUUAAGAGGCAGUUUCUUUGUUUCCUCUGUUUUAACAGAAGAUAAAGUGGGGGAGUAGCAGAGAAGUGAAUAAAUGCUUUUUUUUUUUUAGGGCUGAAUGGAAUCACAUUUUUAUAUACUUUCACUAAUUCAUGUUUGUGCACACAGAGGUGUUUGUAGUAAAGCAGCGCGGACAGAAUUUGGGUGUCUCUCCAAGCAUUCAUGUAUGUGGUGGACACUUAGCAAGGAACGUGAGCUCCUUGUGGCAUGUUUGAAGGCAGAUCUCAUCCUCACAGUGGAUCGGAUCUAAACCUAGCCAUACUUAGUGUAAGCAUCUUGAAAUCAAUGGAGCUUAAGUCCAGAUGUAAAACUUGACUUUGUAUUGGAUGCAACAUCAAAGAAUUUCUAAAGUUUCCCUCCUCUAUGUGAUUAACAGGUUUUAUAUAUUUUUGAUCAUUCUUUGCAAAAAAUAUAUGUAAUUUUGGGGGGAGAAAACAGUUUUUUAUGGAUAAUGCCAUGUUUUUGGUUCAAAAAUGUUGUUGACAAUAAGUCCUGGAAUGUUUCACAGUAGUUGUCCAUUCUUUAAAAAAGGGCUUCUCAUUGUGUCAAGACACCCUUUCUUAUGAAGGACAAGAAAAUUUGUGAGUACUCUUUUCAUCUUUAGACAUGACUUAAUCCCACUUAACUUUGAUUGAUUUCAUUGGCUUUACGCUAGUAUGAUAUACUUUUGGAGCCAAUAUAUUGUGAAUACUGUAGUGACGUCUGCAGUGCUAUUCAACUGUGGGUUUGUGUAAAUGUGAAUUGGCUCACAAAUGCAGGUGACAAUCUCACAUCGCUAGGGUUGCUUGAUGUACAUAACUGACAGUUCCAAACGGCAUGAUUUUGAAGAGAGAUUUUCAUUAAAAUAAAACCCCUAGAGUGGGUGGAAGUUUGAGAACAUAGUUUAAUGCUACAGGUCCCGUCCCCCCCAAUCACUUUAGUAUUGUAAAAGACAUUCAAAGAAUUCAAAGAGAUUGUAUUUAAAUAAAUUGCUGUUUAAAAAGCAACAAAUCUAUCCUUUUAAAAAAAGGUUAAGGUUGAGCACAAGUUCUCCUUAUGGAAAACAUUUCUGAUUUGCACUUUUAGAGGUUUGGAAGGAAGCCUUUUUUACAAUCUUAUCAAAGCUGAAUAAUGUAAAAAACAUGAAUGCUCCAGAUCAGGUACUCUUCUCUGUGUUAACAAAUGCAAGAAUCAGUUUCAACAGACAAACACUACAGUAAACUAUCCAUGUUUGUUGACUCACAGAAAAGAAUGCCCUAAGCCUAGGGGGAGCAUCUUUUAAGCUCUUUGCUUUACACACAGAAAAUUAAUUAACAGAUGGGAUCAGUAUUUGUUCUCUAUGUAUUUUAUCUUAAAUUAUUACGACACCUGUUGCUAUUAUGUCUGUAGCUCCUUUUCAUGAAAAUGAAGUUAGUGCAGGAGAAUGUCUUGAUGGAUUGUACCCAUUGGAACAAGCCAGCAGUAUGCUGCAGAACCUGUGCUCACUCCUCCUUACUGUGUUUGACUAAAAUCUGAUGCUUCUCCCUUUCUUACAUAUGUUUUUACUGGCAUUCUUAUUCAUACUUGUACUUGGUCACAUUUUAUAUAUGAUUCUUAAUUAAAGUAAACUGACAUAGACCAAUUUCA